AUGACAAUGCAACAAUAUACUUUAAAUAGUUUCUAUAACGAUAUUUCAAAUAAAAAAUUUCAAGUAUUAAAAUUGGAUCUGUCUAAAAACGGAUAUAUUAUAGCUGCCUUACAAUCACAACUGUACUCAAGGAGUUGUGAUAAAAGUACUCAUGAUGAUGGUUCUUCUCAUUAUGAUACUCAAAAACUACAAGACAUGGUAGAAUCCAACAAUUUUUAUUCUGGCAAGUGGACAAGAUUUAAUAUGAUGAUAGUAUCAUUUCUAGAAUAUUGUCAAAAUAUUGAUCCAUGGUCAUCUUGGAAUAGUUGUGAUGUUAUUUUCCAAUUCUACUCAGAUCUAAACAAUUGCAUCCUAAAUGAUACUUACCCUGUUGAUGAGUUAAUUGAUAUUUUUAUAGAGAAUACCGAAUACAUUAUACCAUUUGCUGAGCUUUUAGAUUCUAAUUAUAGAUAUUUACAGAUCAAAAAAUUCCAGUUUUUAUCUUACACUUCUUCCAUUAUAUCAAAAACUUUUAAUAGUAUUAAAUCCCAACAUCCUAAUUCCAGUUCUAACCAAAAUCAUAAUACUAUAUUAAACCAAUCAAAUUUCACAAUAUCAAAGAAACAACAGAUAUUAUUAUAUUUAGUGAAUAAAUUAAAUAACAUAUAUUUUAAGAUUCAAUCGCCACAAUUAUGUUCCAAUAUUUUCAGAAAUUUUAGACCGAAGAGUUCAAUUAAAAAUUUCAAUGAAUACCCAGUAUGGCAACAGAUUGAAUACCGUUAUCUAUUAGGUAGAUUUUAUUUACUAAAUAAGAGGGUCUCAAAUAGUUUUGUACAACUGAAUACUUCAUUUAACUUACUUUUCAAAUCUUAUCAAAUCAUGAAUAUUCUCGAUGAUCUCAGAUCUAAACGAAAUUUGCAAAGAAUCUUAAAAUAUUUAAUACCAUUAGGUAUAAUUAUGGGUAAAUUACCAAAUUUAAACUUUGUUUCAAAAUUUUUGAUAGAUGAGGAGAACAAUUUAAAUUAUAGAGAACUGCUUCAAUAUGUUAGAAGUGGCAACAUUUUCAUGAUGAACCAAUGGUUAAAAUCUAAUGAAAUUAUAUUAAGGAAAAGAAAUCUUUUUUUAAUUUUACUGGAAAAAUUACCCAUGCUAACAUACAGAUAUUUAUUACGAAGAGUUAUUCAAAUUUGGUCUAUUGAACAGCAAUUGAAUCGUUUACCAUAUGAUAUAUUUGAAAAAUGUUUGAAAGUAUCCAUUCAAGACAAUGACACAUCUGAUAACAUUAAUAUAUUCAAUAGCAUUCAUAAAAGUAAAAAUGUGGAAAAUAUUUUGGUCACUUUAAUAAAUUUAGGUUACCUUCGUGGAAAUUGUUUCCCAUUACUACAACUUUGUGUAUUUCAAAGAACCACAGACAUAAAUAAUAUAUUACCACCAAUAGAGAAUCGAAUGCUGAGCAUGUUCCCAUUAAACCACGAAGAUUCAUGGUUAGAUAACUGA